ACAAAAUGGAUGAAUUUGUUAAUGCAUGUCGUUAAAUUCACUUGCCGGUUUAUUCUGCCAACGUUACCUAAAUUUUGAAGUGCCGUUCUAGUUCUGAUUGAAGUGAAUGCUACUUUCUAUACCCAGUAUUGCACUGAGGUGGGUUUAAGACCUUGCAUAGCUGCCCACAAAUAUAGUCGUCAUGGACGAGUUAUCAUCAGAAAACUUGAUCAUAGAUUUACAGCCUACGCGAAAGCGACUAGUACUGCCUCCGGAAAUCGUAAAGAAUCUAGAUCAUGUCUACCGAAGCAAUCCUUAUCCGUCGAAAUCCGAGUAUGAAAACCUGUGCAAAGAUAUGAAUCUACCAUUUCAACGUGUCAAGAACUGGUUUUGCAACCGACGACGACGAGAUUCGAAAUCGGGAAAGAUCUGCCGAAUGUGUCGUUUCUUUCAAGCGCCUAUAAAUGAGCAGGCACAUCUACAAGAUACUGAUCGUCGUCCAUGCAUUUCUUAUUGGAGUUUGCCAACUGUGGCUCCUCCGCCAAUUGUGCUGUUCUCUUCCUCGCAUGCAAAAUCCGGAUGUGCUCCUUCAUCCGUUGCAAAUUCAAAAAGCCAAGAAAUUAAAUGGGAGACCAAUGAAAAUAUGAUGACCACUCCUGCAGAAAAUGUUGUGCCAUCUGCCUUUUCCUUGUCAGUUCAGAAUGGCACAUUUACAUCGGAACAGUCAACUGCAGCUCCCAAGGUUAACGUUCGGUACAAUGAUCAACAGCAAUAUAAAAUUGCCCACCACCCAAUCGACAUGGCAGCUGCAAAUAGCUGGAUGAUGCCCACUACUGGAUCCCCAUUCUGGCCACUGCCGUUGCAUAACUACUGCCAAACACCGGAUCUGCAGCAAGUGCCACUUGACUUCAAUCUGCCACCCGAUUGGAGAUCAUCCCAUCACCCAGUGCCCAGUUAUCCGCUGCCUUAUGAAUCUUAUUCGCAGUAUAUGAAAACAGAGAAGAACGGUAACUAUUAUGAUUACGAUGAAAUUAAUAAUAAUUAAACCGCAUCUCAUAUUUUCAACGUUUUACACUGCCAGUAUCUUGCUAUGCACGGCCCAUUUUCCCUUUUAUUAUGCAUUGUUUUAUCUAGAUAUUAACUCAGUUAAUUUCAUGAGUGAAUAACUCGUGCACUACUUGUCGGUGUAAGACGCCCCGUUUUUUAUUUGUAUUUGGCUGUAUCGUUCUUACUUUUACCAAACCUAGGUGAAUAAUCCAGAACUUUUUCAAUCCGG